UACAACCCGCUGUGGUACAAGCCAAUUGUCUGGUGGAAAAUUAUUUUCCUGUAAUUAAAAUCAGUUUUUUGUUUAGUUUUUUACUCGAGUUUUCAUUUUCUAUUUAAACUGUGCACCUACGAGAUGUUUUAUUUGGAUCUUACAAACGGAUAGCUACGGGGAAUUUAAUCAACAAAGAAUAUUCCAUUCAAAUGGUACAAUUAUGUAUGGAAAAAUCGAUAUUACGUACCAUUCGGUUGCAUUCUGUGUAUAAUAUGGAACAAAACGAAUGGAUUGAUUAUGUUUUGAAAAAGGACGAUGAAACGAAUCCUGCUGAUAUUUUACACAUUUUCCGAUACGAAAGUGUAAUCCAAAUUUAAUGAAAAAUGUUCUCCGACAUGUUCGUAGCGAAAAGAAAAGAAAAUGUAAGUCGAAUCAACGACUUUCAAUGGAGAGGUGUGCAAUAAAAAACACCUUGAAUACGCUGUGCAAGGAUGUGAUCUUUUAAAUAAACAAGAGAAAAAAAAAUCAUAAAAGUCUUCCAAAAAGCUGCUUGCCAGAUAUAUACUGACAACAGUUGAAAUAAAAAUUUAGUGCGUAAGUUAGUGUCGUGUGUGUUACAACGUUGUGAGCAAAAACGUCUUCCCUAGAAAACUAAGAUUUAGCAUAAGAAACAAGUCUUCCAUUUACAAGCAAAUUUAUUUUAAAUGACAACAAUUGAACCCAAAGAUAAUUUAAAAACUUUGAAUAAAACUAACGCUCUGUUCCGUUGCAUAAAUUCAAUGGCUUCGUACGAUUCAAAAUUACCGAAGGAUAUGUCGAUAGCUCGUAGAUUUCGGCCCAUCAAACGGAAAGUGGGCCGCGAAUUUUUCGAACAUGAUACGCGUAACAACAGCGACGGUUUUUCGUACGUUAAUUCUAUUCGAUCCGAUCGUAAAACUGCAGUUUACAUUGACCGAUGCAUAAGUGGGAAUCAAUGCGAAGAGACCAGUGUUUCCAAGUCUUUGACGGAAAAAAACGAAGAAGAACAGAGAUUCAAUGAGUCCGAAGAGCCAUCGCUUGACUCAAAUUCAACGAAAUCGCAUCAGGAUAUGGAUUCAAAUGUUGUACCGUAUCGAUCGUUUGUGUCGAAGAGCCACUACAAUGGCUUCAAUUAUCAAGGCAAAUUCAAUUCACAUCAAUCGAAAAACAACAACAACAACAAAUUAAAAAAGAAAUUAUUUAAAAUUCAACGACAAUUACGUUUGCAAACCGUUGCAUUACGCCGUCAACGUAUCGCCGGCAAUUGGUGUUGUAGUUGCGCAUGUUCAUCAUCCAAACAUGGUCUAAUGCAAAAUCAAUUCAAACAUUUUGAUCACCAAUAUAAUAGUAGCAAUGGGAGUGAAUGUAAAUUUGUCGUUUGCAAUAACAAAAUGAUAAAAAAUGGGAACUUAAGACAUCCCAUUCAUUUGCAAGGCCUUCGCAGUGUGGUUAGUGUUCGCGAAACUCAUCAAAUCGCCGAGGCACAACAGGAGAAAAAUGCAAAGCUACGCGAAGCAUUCGGCAUUUCGGAAUACUUUGUGGAAGGGUCCAGUUUCGAUCCGGAGCGAAAAGCCAAAGAAACGUUGGCUAAAGGUACUGCGUUGCAAGAAGAACUACAAGCGCAGCGAAAUGCCGAACGUGAGAAAAGCAAAAAAUAUGCCCUAGUUCGUACACCGUCACCAGCCAAAGACCGCGAUGACGACGACGACACCAAAAAGAAGAAGAAAAAGAAGAAACGUGAUGGGUCAUCCAGUCCAGAUCGGAAGAAGGAUAAGAAGAAAAAGUCGAAGAAAAAUAAGAAGGAAAAGUCGAAGAAGAAAAAAUCCCGCAAACAUCACGAUUCCGACGACUCAACGGACGAUGACUCAGAUGAUUCAGAUGACAACAGUAGCGAUUCGGAGGAAGAGAGUUCGUCUCGCAAGCGAAAGAAGUCCAAGAAAGAUAAGAAAAAACGAGACAAGAAGAAAAGGCGAUCCGAAUCAGUUGACUCCACAGCAAGUUCGCCGAUUCGAAGACAACGCCAUCGUUCCACAUCAAAUAACCGAAAAAACAACAAGGAUGGUGGCAAAAAGCGAAACGAUAAACUGAAAGACAGAUCAGUGUCGCGAGGCCGUAAAAAUCGAUCAAUCAGUCGAGAUCGAAAGCGCCAUGCAGAAUCACCGAUCGGAAAAGGAAAUGCUUCAAAACGAUCUAGAAGAGAUCGCUCGUCUUCAUUGGAUAAACGCAAGACAGACAAAAAGAAGUCACGUUCACCUGCUCGCAAAGACUAUUCGUCGAAUUCGAACCGUGCAUCCAGUAAGUCUAGGAAACGCUCCAAGUCACCGCGUCGUAAAGGCAACCGUCAGAGUGUUUCUCCGAAAAGAAAUGAACGUAAAAGAUCUCAAACACCCGAAGUGAAGCAAUCGUUGACGCCUAGAAAACAUCAGAGAAAGUCCCGGUCUUCAACUCCGAAAAAGCAUACAGAUUCAACAAAACGAUCAAAUGGUCCGUCGAAAACGGAACGCAGAAACCGUUCUCCAUCACAAUCGAGACCAACUUCUACAAAAUCGCAUGCAAAUGAUAAAAAUAAUCGCCGCACAUCUCCCUUGUCCCAGCCAAGAAAACGUUCCACUCCACCCCGAAGCAAGUAUGCUGAACGGAAGCGGUCACAUUCACCGAAAAUUCGAAACAGAAAGUUAUCUAGCUCUCCGAAGGCAGAUGUUCGUAAAAGAUCCAUUCCUCCGAAAGGAAGCCGUGAUCGGACGCCCUCAGUCAAAAAGAAUCAAAGAGAUGUUAGUAGCUCCCCUUACAGUAAAAACAACAGGCGUAGAUCCCGAUCGCCCGAUUCAACAACCAAUCGGAAAAAUUUAUCAAAGCGAUCUCGCUCACCUCAAAAGUCUUCACGAAACCGCAGAUCCACAUCAAGGCGUCGCCGUGAUCGGUCUCUUUCUCAUGUCAAACAAAAUGAAUCGCCAGCAAAGCGUUCGUAUUCACGAAAUAGAUCGUCUAGCAACAGGAGAGACGUUAGUGCCAACAACAGAAAUGUUCACCAAUCACGACGUGAAGAAUUUUUAAAAUCCGUAAAUAUGCAAUCGAAGAGUCCAGAUCGAAGUAAACCAUCGAAACAACCACAACAACGACCACAGUCAUCUGAUUCUCGUUCGUCAGCACUGAGCUAUUCGCCAGCUAAAAGAAAUCCAGAACGGUACCUAGACGUGAUGAAGCCAAAGGAUGAAAGUAACUCAAGAAAUCUAACUCUGAAACAACGGGAAAUAUCAAAAUCGCCUAAAAAACGCCGGGAGCAAUCACGAUCACCAAGACGACGAGAGGAAUCACGAUCACCAAGACGUCGUAACUAUUCACUAACCCCAAAACGUCGGGAACAAUCACGAUCACCACGACGCCAAGAACAGUCAGGAUCAUCGAGACGCCGCGAGAAAUCACCAUCACCGAGACGCAGAGAACAGUCGCGUUCACCAAGACGCCGUGAUUUAUCGAGAUCACCAAGACGUCGCAGGCAAACACGAUCACCAAAACAACGUGACCCAUCACGAUCUCCUAACAGACGAGUGUGUGAGAAAAAUCGGAUUGACACUUCGCCACCAUCUCGUCGAAUUGACUCUAAUGCUAAGCCUCCGCGACAAAAGUCAAGAUUCAACCAAUCACAGUCCCCCAAAUCUACAAACGAAAUACCUCAAAAAGACUUAAAGGAGGAACAACAAAAGAAAAAGUUACCACAGCCAAUCGUUCGGUUGCAUGCAUCGACUGAUUCGGAGAGCGAAGACACAAAUCCAAAAAUCGACGAUGAAUUGUUGGGCAUCCAGAAACCAGAUGAAAAACAAUUCUUGGAAGCACUGUCGGACAUUGCCGCCAAAGCUAAAGAAAAGAUCAAAACAAUGACGGAACCACCGUUAAGAACAUCAACCGCAAAACCAGUUGGUGGUGUUGGCUCAACCGAAGUCCUUUUAUUGUCUCGUGAAACGACCGUUGCUGCCGCGACCUCAUCAACAAACAACCGUUUGCCCGAGCCGGCGGAAAAAGCAAAAAUCAAUUCGAAACCAAUGAAAAUCAACGAAUUUAAAAUAAAAGGCCGUCGGGAGAUGAUGGACCAGAUGAAUCGAGAGAAAAGUAAGAGUCGAAGUCGGUCAAAAAGUACUGGUAAAAAUGAUUUAUCCGUUGAUGAGAAUCGUAAGGAUGACGAAGGUGUCCGAACGAGUAAAAGCCGCAGCGCUUCCAAAUCAUCGCGCUCAUCGUCUAGCAGUUCCAGUUCAGCUAGUUCCAGAUCCAGAAGUCAAUCAUCAGGAUCACGUAGCUCGAGUCGAAGCAGCCGAUCUGGAAGCUCAUCGAGCGCUGCAUCAAAGCGAUCCCGAUCGUCUAGAUCUUCUAGAUCUCCAUCAAUUCCACGUCGUCGCGGGUCUCCCAGUUUCUUAGACCGUCGUCGUAUAACGAGUGCACGCAAACGGCCGAUACCAUACCAUCGACCAACACCAUCAAGUGCAUCCAGUGCAAGCAGUUUUGGUAGUCGACCAAGUUCGCCACGGUCACCAUACAAAUCUCCCAGUUUGUGUAGAACCAGAACUCCUACACCAAACUGAUGUUAAACAAAGGACAAAAAUGAUAUUAACAGAAAAACAAAAUACUGAAAGGAAAACUAAUUACUAACAACAACAAAAAAUACUCCGCUGCUGCCAGACUAAAAAUCGUUUUCUUCGUAACGAAAUUUUAACCAUAAAUAAUAUACUAACUCUGGUCGCAAACCAAUGAUAUUCGAUUAAUUUUCAACUUAUUUCUAGUCAAAAGAAUUUUAUUUUUCAUUUCUUUUGUUUCAUUUUUAUUUAUUUUAGUUCCAAGCAAAAAGAAAACGUUUUGUUUGUACUCUUUCUUUUAUUUGUGAUAAUGUUUGCCUUUGCCAUUAAUUUAUUGUAAUUUUAAUAUUUAA